AUGGCGGCCGGCGAGCAGCCCGGCCUCCCUCGCCUCCCAUGGCCGCAGGCAGGCGGAGCGAGCGCUACCAGCCCCUGCCCACCGGCGGUGCCCACCCCUGUCCCCAGGCGCGCGGGCAGGCUGAGAAGCAGGCGUGCGGCGGUGGGCGCCGGGUGUCCUACGCGCGGCGCGGCCCCGUCCCCCGGCGGCGGCCUCGCAGCGACGCAGAGGAACGCCCGUGGCGGGGCGGCCGGCGCGCGGCCCGUACGACUCCUCCACGCCGCCCCCCAAGGCUCCUCCCUCCUCCUUCCUGGGCACAGCGGCGUCGGCCGGCGAGGCGAGCAGGGGCCUCCGGCGGGUCAAGCCUCGGCGGCCGCGCCGUCCCCCGCCCUCCUCAACCCUCCUCGCUCCUCGGCGCUCGAGCUCCUCCGCCGCCCCUGCGCUCGAGCUCGGCUCUCCACGGCGCGGACGGCAGCGCUCGAGCUUGGGCCGGGGAGCAAGUGGUCAUGGCGGAUCUCGGCAGGGCCAUGGCGCGGGCCAGAUCCGCUGCGGCGACGGGGAGCUCGGAGGCGGAGUCGUCGCGACGGCGGGGGCGCUCCGCCGCCUCCUCAGCUCGAGCUCGGCUGCCAACCAUGA